AAAAAGAAAACCAUUCUGCCCAACGAAAAAACGCAAAUACUAGAAGAUUAUUACCAGAGCCAUCUAACAUUUCCGUAUCCUGAUCAAGAAACGAGAGAACUCCUGGCCAGUCAGUGUGGGAUCUCUCACAAUCAAGUCUUAAAAUGGUUCAGUAACAGGAGG